AUGGAUACUUUACAGUCCAUCAAGGGCUACUUUAAAGUAGAUGAAGCGCAAGAUGAAGUGUUGAGGAAAAAGGCCUGGAAGCGCUUGAUUUUAAUAGGCGUUUCCGUCGUGGUUCUGGUGGCGCUUUUCACCGGUUCUGCGGUUGCCGUUCUUCGUAACCGGCAAAACGAUUCCCAUACGAGUUCAACUCCCAAGUUGACUCCAGACUCUUCGGUCAAGGCAGUGUGCAGCGUGACUCAGUUUCCUGAUUCUUGUUUCUCAAGCAUCUCCAAGAUCCCAUCGUCCAACACGACGGACCCGGAGGUUCUGUUCAGGAUUUCCCUGAAGGUGGUGGUCGACGAGGUCGCUUCUAUUUCCGAACUGCCGACGAAGCUCUCCGAAGAGACGGAGGAUGAGAGUAUCAAAUCGGCGCUCAGGGUAUGUGGAGAAAUGUUAGAGAACGCGAUGGAUAGUCUCAACGAGACUGUUUCCGCCAUGGAAGUCGGAGACGGGAAGAAAAUCAUAAACCCGACCAAGAUCGACGACCUUAAGACGUGGCUUGGCGCCGCCUUAACAUACUACGAGACGUGUUUCGACACGCUCGACGAGUCCAUCCAGAGCAACGCGAGUUCCACGACCUCUCAGAAGCUGAAGUCCGCCAUGAGAAACUCCACCGAGUUCACCAGCAACAGUCUUGCAAUCGUCGCGAAGGUACUCUCUGCCUUGAGCGAUUUUGGGAUCCCGGUUCACAGGAGACGGCUGCUCGGUUCGAACACGUUCCCAGAUUGGGUGAGACCUAGGGUACGUCGGUUGCUUCUUGAGACGAACGUAACGCCCAACGUGACGGUGGCGGCUGAUGGCUCCGGCGACGUGAAAACGAUUAACGAGGCAGUUGCAAUGGUCCCGAUUAAAGGGAACACAACGUUCGUUAUAUAUGUGAAAGCGGGUACGUAUGUAGAGAAUGUACUUGUGAAUAACACCAAAUGGAAUGUCAUGAUGUACGGAGACGGCAAAGACAAGACCAUUAUUUCCGGCAGCAAGAACUACCAUGACGGCAUUAAAACCUACGAUACGGCGACCUUGGGUAAACUCACUCUUUAA